AUGUAUUCUACACCCAAUCCUGAUUUUGUGGUGGCAAAUAAAAAAGAAAAACAAACAACAAUUGAUCACAGUAAUCCUUAUAAGAAAGAAUUAAGAGACCGAGCAAUAAUAAGAAUCACAAGGUGGAUGUAUGAUGCAGGUAUAGCUUUUAAUGCAGUUAGUUAUGACAGCUUUGGACCAAUGGUUGAAGCUAUUGGGCAGUAUGGUCCUGGUAUGAAACCCCCUAGUUUCCAUGAAGUGUGGGUUCCAUAUCUGAAGAAAGAGUUUAAUUAUACAAAUGAGUUGAUGAGGAUUCAUAAAGAGGAAUGGGUGAAAUAUGGGUGUUCCUUGAUGUCAGAUGGAUGGACUUCGCAAAGUGGGAGGACUUUGAUUAAUUUUUCAGUCAAUUGUCCUAGAGGAACUAUGUUUGUUGAGUCCAUCGAUGCUUCAAGCUACUCCAAGGAUGGGCAAAAACUAUUCGAACUACUUGAUAAGUUUGUGGAUGAUGUUGGAGAAGUUAAUGUAGUCCAAAUUAUCAUAGAUAGUGCCUCAGCUAAUGUGUUGGCUGGUAAGUUUUUGGAGGCAAAGAGACCACACCUCUUUUGGACACCAUGUGCUGCUCACUGCUUGGAUUUGAUACAGGAAGAUAUUUUCAAAUUGCCACAUAUGAAGAAGACAUUUGACAGGGCUAUUCGGGAUUCAUCAACAAAAAACAACUUGAGAAAGAUGUUCACUUCGGAGGAAUGGACAAGCUCCAAAUGGGCAAAAGAGCCAAAGGGUAAACAAGCAACACAGAUUAUGUUGAUGCCAUCAUUUUGGAAUCUAACUGUUUAUGCUCUUAAGGUCUCAGGUCCACUUGUGCACAUGCUUAGGUUGGUUGAUUCUAAGAAAAAGCCUGCCAUGGGAUACAUUUAUGAGGCUAUGGAUAGGGCUACAGAAAGUAUUGAAAAAUACAAGAAUAUCUUUGAAAUCAUUGACAAUAGACAAUUGAAACGUCGAUAUGAUAUGCGUGACACACUUGAUCCCAUCACUUUAACAAAUAUUGAUGAAAACAAUGAGUGGUUGGUUGGGAGGAUGGAUGGAGAAGAGUAUGAAGAUAACGAUAAUGUGUUUGAUGAUGAAAGUUUGAUGUGGGGUGAUGUUGCUAGAGCUUCUGAGUUCGGGAAAGAAAUAAGAGAACUAGAUCAACAACUUCAAAGACACCAUCGGCGUCAAGGGCAAGGCCAAGGGGUUCUAGAUCAUCAAAUGCACGUCAACUGA